AUGGCGUCCACCUCCGAUGCGCCGCUUGCGUUUCUACGCAAGAACCCCGUAUUCUCCGGUCUUUCAGAUGUCUACAAUGCCUUUCAAGAAAGGAGGGAACGGUUGGGGCUCUCGAAUCCCGGCAUGGUCGAGAAUAUCGCCAAGGAGGUCCAGCGCGAUGUUCUCACCACGAACUUGAUGUUCUCCGGCCUCCGGGCUGACCUCACAAAAGCUUUCAGCUUCAACCCCUUAUUUCAAGUAUCCCACCAGUUCGCCAUGGGCGAGAGGUUGAGUCCGUACACAUUUGCCGCUCUCUACGGCACCAGCAAGAUCGCCCCCGGCGGCACCGGCCAAGACAUGGCCCAGUUUGAGAACGAGUAUCUCGGCAACGAUUUCACUGCCACCCUGAAGGCCCUCAACCCCUCAUGUCUUGAGGGCGGCUUGACUGGCAUCUUCAUCGGCCAAUACCUGCAGUCCGUCACACCCAAGCUCGCUCUUGGUCUGGAGGCUGUUUGGCAGCGUGCCGGUCUUACCCAAGGCCCGGAUACUGCUAUUUCCUACGUUGCUCGGUACAAGGCGGACAAUUUCAUCGCCAGCGCUCAGCUGCAGGCCCAAGGUGCACUCAAUGCUUCCUACUGGCAGCGCUUGUCGGAGAAGGUCCAGGCCGGUGUUGACAUGACGCUUUCCGUCGCUCCGAGCGGUGCCAUGAUGGGUGGCCUUGCCAAGGAGGGCAUCACUACUUUCGGUGCAAAGUACGAUUUUAGGAUGUCGACUUUCCGUGCCCAGAUCGACACCGCGGGCAAACUAAGCUGCCUGCUCGAGAAGCGGGUUGCGGCCCCUGUCAUGAUGACCUUCGCUGCCGAUGUGGACCACUUCACGCAACAAGCAAAGAUUGGUGUCGGUAUUUCCAUCGAGGCCGGUGGCGAGGAGCUCCAGGAGCAGCAGGACGCCUUGGCCGCUCAGCCCCCUCCCAACAUCCCUUUUUAA